GAUCGUUAAAAUCAGAAGUCGCGCCCUUCUGAGUCCAGGGACCGCGACCUGACACUGGGUCUUCGCAUGGACUCGUUGCUAGAGACAUCUUCAGUUUUAGCUGUAUCUGAGCAUGAUGGGGAAUCUCGAGUGACUCGACAGAGGGUCCGGUGUUGGCUGCUAAAAGUUGGUCUAAGUAUAGCGUCACUCUGCCUCCCAGGAUCCAACCCUAAUGUCUCGAUGUUCCAUUCUUCGACGGGCGGACAGAAAUUGAGGGAUUUUCGGACCUUCUUAUUCUUGAGCUUGGACCGACCUGGGCUGUUGAAUUACUCGUAUCGGAUUUAAAUGUGCGACGAUCGGCGCUAUGGCCACCAUCUUGAGGCAGCUGCGAACUAAAGGUUUAAAGACUUUGCUCAAUCGGACGAAGUUUUAUGGUGUAGCACCGAGGAAUUUCGCUGCAGAGUCGAGAUGGCUAAGCUCUGCGUCCAAGCCUUCUUCAGCUCCAGGUGGAGCUGGAGCUACCACUGGGAGGAAAUUGUUAACGGAUACUGCUGGACCGCCUCCUGGUGGUAGAGCUGUCAGGGGUGGCCCGGUAUCAUGGGCAAGCUUGGGAUUGCUGGUUGUCACAGGAGUAGGAUUGAUCACCUACUAUGACCGCGAAAAAAAACGACGUAUUGAAGAUUUGAAGCAAGCACCUCCUGAGGCGAAAGCGGGCCCUAGUGUUGGAAAAGCUGCAAUUGGCGGUCCAUUCAAAUUGUUGAACCAUGAAGGCAAAGUGGUCACAGACCGAGAUUUUGUUGGGAAUUGGACAUUGAUCUACUUUGGGUUCACGUUUUGUCCAGACAUCUGCCCCGAUGAGCUGACCAAGCUCGCCGAAGCUGUCGACCAAAUUGAGAAGAAGAUUGGGGUUCAAGUUGUUCCAGUUUUCAUAUCCAUAGAUCCGGAACGAGAUACAGUGGAGCAAGUACGAGAAUACCUCAAAGAGUUUCAUCCGAGGCUCGUUGGUCUAACGGGGAGUGUGAAUGACAUACGUCAAGUGGCACGUGAGUAUCGCGUGUACUACAUGAAAACCGAAGAAGAGGGAACCGACUAUCUUGUUGAUCACUCAAUCAUCAUGUACUUGAUGGAUCCGAACAUGGAUUUUGUCAAGUUUUUUGGAAAGAAUUAUAAUGCAGAUGGUUUGACUGAUGGCGUUGUAGAAGAGAUCCAAAAAUACGGGAAGAAGUAAUUUUUAGUUCAAUUCUGUUUUUUAGCGGUUUUGUGGUGAUAGAAAGCCCUGUUUAUUCAUAAGUCCAAUUGGUUCAUUUAAUUCAUCUCUUAAGAAAUUUUGACGAGUAUACUUUAGAACUUUUCGGUUCUCAUACAUUUCCUGCUUCUAGAUUAGGGAGGAGACAAUGGUAGUGAGGCAGUGGUCAAUAUGGCCUUCAAAUCUGUGGUGACAACCUCCAUGUGGUACUAUUCGUACAUAUUCGAUUAUCUCGAGACUUAAGAACCAAGAUCUAGUACCACAAUCGAGCACCCAUUUAUAUUUCAGUUAGGUGAACUUAAAUUUGAGGUGGUAAGAACCAUUGUGAUCGAAAUAAAUUGAAGGCAAAGAAUUUUCACUGAUAGUACCUGAUAUACUGAAGCAUGUACAAACUCAGACCAAACCGAACAGAUACCACGACCCUCUUAUUUAUCAUUUC